UACCUUUCUUUCUUAUUUUCUCGUUUUAUUCAAUGGCUUGGUUCUUGUUGAAACCUUAUUUCUUUUUUCCAAGGAAAAAAAAUGAAGUUCCUUGUGGAACGAGCUAAUCCCAAUCCCACUACCAUCAAACAAUUGAAAAGUAAAAGCCAUCAAUGGAUUUCAACUUAUAUAAACUGGGGAAAAAGAUCAAAAGGCCAUUCUACACACCAAUUUCUUCAAUCACAAAGGAAAACAAAACUAAUUGAAGAGAUAUGAUGAGUUUGUCCGUUUUCCACUUUCUUCUAUCAUCAAUCUUUGUUUCCUCAAUCCUCCUGCAAUACCAACCAGUCCAUGCUACUAAGAAGUCUUACAUUGUGUACUUAGGAUCACAUUCUCAUGGCCCCAACCCUUCUGUCAGUGAUCAAGAUUCUGCCACAAACUCUCAUUACAGCUUACUAGCCUCUCACUUGGGAAGCCAUGGGAAGGCCAAGGAAGCAAUAUUUUAUUCAUACAAGAAACAUAUCAAUGGCUUCGCUGCGGUGCUGGAGGAGGAAGAAGCAGCGAAUAUUGCAAAAAAUCCAAAGGUUGUGUCAGUGUUUGCGAACAAAGGGCACAAACUGCAAACCACACGGUCCUGGGAGUUUCUGGGGCUAGAGACAAGUAAUGGACAAGUUUCAAAAGACUCAAUUUGGGAGAAGGCUAGAUAUGGUGAAGAUGCCAUCAUUGCUAACAUUGAUACUGGUGUGUGGCCAGAAUCAGAGAGUUUCAAUGAUCAAGGAAUAGGGCCGUGGCGGGGGGUUUGUCAACUUGAUAAUUUUCGUUGCAAUAGGAAGUUGAUAGGUGCCAGAUACUUCAGCAACGGUUACGAGUCACAGUUCGGCAAACUCAACGAAUCGCUCUACACAGCACGCGACGAGUUGGGCCAUGGCACCCCUACUCUCGCCGUUGCCGGAGGCAACUUCGUUCACGGCGCAAGCGUUCUUGGCUUCGGCAAUGGCACCGCCAAGGGUGGGUCCCCCCGAGUCCGCGUCGCCGCCUACAAGGCCUGCUGGCUAUCUGCCACCGGGAUCCAAUGCACCGAUGCUGACGUCAUGGACGCCUUCGACGCUGCGAUUAGCGACGGUGUUGAUGUGAUCUCCUUCUCGUUGGGCAAGCCUGUUCCCCCUGAGUUUUUCCAGGAUGGGUUUUCCAUUGGAGCCUUUCAUGCCAUCGCCAAUGGCGUCAUGGUGGUUGCUGGAGCAGGGAACGAAGGGCCAGGUUUUGGAACCGUAACUAAUGUGGCUCCAUGGAUGUUUACUGUGGCUGCUAGCUCAAUAGACAGAGACUUCGCCAAUUAUGUUGUUCUUGGUGACCAGAAGCAUAUGAUGGGAGCUAGUCUUUCUACAGGCUUACCAUCUGAAAAGUUCUACCGCCUGAUCAAUUCUGUUGAUGCUAGAGCUGUUAAUGCCACAGUUGAGGACGCUCAAGUGUGCAAUGCUGGAAGCCUUGAUCCUAAGAAGGCUAAGGGUAAAAUUCUCGUCUGCCUUGUGACCAAUCUAACAGGAGUAGUUUUAGCAGAGCAGGGGGCGGUACUUGCAGGUGCUGUAGGACUGAUUUUGGCAAAUGAUGAGAAACUUGGGAAUGAUAUUAUCGCUGCUGUUCAUUUACUGCCUGCUUCACACAUCAAUUUCACAGAUGGUGAACAUGUUUAUUCCUACACAAAACUCGCCAAGGCCCCUAGGGCUUAUAUCACAAGAGCAAAAACACGAGUAGGAAUAAAACCAGCUCCUGUAAUGGCUUUACUCUCAUCUAGGGGACCUAGUAUCAUCCAGCCAGCAAUUCUCAAGCCUGAUGUCACUGCGCCGGGUGUGGAUAUUCUUUAUGCAUACCAGACGGUAACUGCAACUGGUGUUGAUUCCGAUAAACGUCAGUUUCCAUUUAAUAUAGGAUCAGGAACUUCUAUAUCAUGCCCUCAUGUCUCAGGCAUUGUUGGCCUUCUCAAAACAGCCUAUCCUUAUUGGAGUCCUGCAGCUAUCAGAUCAGCAAUCAUGACAACUGCAAUGACAAUCGAUAACAACAACAAACCCAUUUUGGAACAGUCCGAGCAAGAAGCAAACCCAUUUGCAUACGGUGCAGGACACAUUCAACCAGACCUUGCAAUGGACCCGGGACUUGUUUAUGAUCUGAAUACUGAUGAUUAUUUGAAUUUCUUAUGCGCUCAUGGUUACAACCAAACCCAAAUUAUGUUGUUUUCCAAGAGCCCUUUUACUUGCCCAGAAUAUUUCAGUAUUUCAGAUUUUAACUACCCUUCAAUCUCUGUCCCAAAUCUUGGGAACCACUCUGUAAGUUUUACUCGCACACUCACAAAUGUUGGAGAUCCAGGUACCUAUAGUGUGAAUGUGAAACCUCCUCGUGGAGUUUCAGUGCUGGUUGAGCCAAGUCUUCUGACAUUUGAGAAAGUUGCUGAGAAGAAAACAUUCAAGGUUAUCUUGAGGUGGAUUGGAGAAGAUGAAGUUUUUGAUUAUGUAUUUGGUGAGAUGUGGUGGUCAGAUGGAAAGCACAAAGUUAAGAGUCCUAUUGUUGUGAAGCAUAUUAGGAAAACAGUGCCUCCUUGUCUUGCAAUUUUGAAAAAUAAUCUCAUAUUAGGAGAAGAAGAAAUGGUGAAAUCCUCUAUUGUUCUGUUUCUUCUAUCAGUCUCUCUUCUAUCCUCUUUUUGCCUGCAACCUAUCCAUGCCAUUAAGAACUCCUACAUUGUGUACCUAGGGUCACAUUCUCAUGGCCCAAGCCCUACUUCUGCUGAUCUUGAAUCAGCCACAACUUCUCAUUACAAGUUGUUGGGAUCAAUCUUGGGAAGCCAUGUCAGGGCACAAGAAUCAAUAAUUUAUUCUUAUAAUAGAAACAUCAAUGGCUUUGCUGCUCAACUUGAAGAGGAAGAAGCAGACCAGCUUGGAAAGAAUCCAAAUGUGGUCUCUGUGUUCUUGAACAGAAAGCGGGAAUUGCACACAACAAGAUCAUGGGAAUUUCUUGGGCUAGAUUCUUCUGAAGUGGCAGUGAAGAAUAAUUCUGCUUGGGCAAAGGCAAGAUAUGGUGAAGACACAAUCAUUGCUAACCUUGACACAGGUGUUUGGCCAGAAUCCAAGAGCUUCAAUGAUGAAGGAAUAGGGCCUAUACCAUCAAAAUGGCAUGGCCAAUGCCAAUUUGGAGAUGUUCGUUCAAACAAAUCUCUCUGUAACAGAAAGCUGAUAGGAGCAAGAUUCUUCAUCAAAGGCCUUGAGGCAAUUGCAGGCAAACAGAAUGCAUCAAUGUACACCACACGUGACAUUGAAGGCCAUGGCUCUCACACUUUAUCAACUGCUGGUGGAAACUUUGUUCAAGGAGCUAGUGUCUUCGGUAGUGGAACUGGCACUGCCAAAGGUGGAUCUCCAAUGGCAAGAGUUGCUGCCUACAAGGUUUGCUGGCCUCCUACUCAGGGUCAAGAGUCUGGAGGCUGCUUUGAUGCAGAUAUAUUGGCAGGGUUUGAUGCUGCCAUAAGUGAUGGUGUCGAUGUGAUUUCUGCCUCCAUUGGUGGCGAUCCUGGAGACUUGUUCAGUGAUGCUAUAGCGAUAGGGUCUUUCCAUGCUAUUUCAAAGGGAAUAGUGGUAGUUAGCUCUGCAGGCAAUUCAGGACCAAGACCUGGAUCUGUAUCUAACGUGGCUCCAUGGAUCUUCACUGUUGGUGCAAGCACUUUAGAUAGGAACUUCAUUAACUAUAUAGCUCUUGGUGACAGGAAGCAUCUAACGGGAGCCACUCUUUCCCCUAUGAGCUUGCCAUCUCCAAAGUUCUACCCCUUGAUUAGUUCCAAGGAUGCCAGAGUCGCUGGUGUGCCAUCUGUUCUUGCUGAGCUCUGUUAUAAUGGAACCCUUGAUUAUAAAAAAGUGAAGGGGAAGAUAUUGGUCUGCCUCAGAGGCGAGAAUGCAAGGACAGCGAAAGGCGUGGAAGCUGCUCGUGUAGGAGCUGUAGGGAUGAUAUUGGCUAAUGAUGCCCUGAGCAUGGAUAAUACAAUAGCAGACCCUCAUGUUUUGCCUGCCUCAAAUAUCAAUUAUGAAGAUGGUCAAUAUCUUUAUAAGUACAUCAACAAAACCAUGAAACCUGGGGCUUACAUGACUAAUGCUAAAACAAUAAUACCAGCAAAGCCAGCUCCUGUCAUGGCCGCAUUCUCUUCAAGAGGACCCAACACAAUUCUGCAUUCAAUCCUCAAGCCUGACGUUACUGCACCUGGAGUGAACAUAAUUGCUGCUUACACAGGAGCCAUAGGCCCAACCGAACAAGAUUUUGAUAAACGAAGAGUUCCUUUCAAUACAAUGUCAGGAACUUCUAUGUCUUGCCCUCAUAUUUCUGGCAUUGUAGGCCUUCUCAAAACCUUUCAUCCUGAUUGGAGUCCUGCAGCCAUCAAAUCUGCAAUCAUGACCACUGCAAGCACUAUGGAUGACACCAAGAAGUCUAUUCGGGACUCAUCUAUGAAAGAUGCAACACCGUUUGCUUAUGGAGCAGGGCAUGUUCAACCUGACGCAGCAAUGGACCCAGGGCUUGUUUACGAUCUGACAGUUGAUGAUUACUUGACCUUCUUAUGUGGUUAUGGCUACAACAAAACACUUAUUGAGCAAUUUACCGGAAAGUCCUUCACUUGUCCAAAGUCCAUCAACGUACUAGAUUUCAACUACCCUUCAAUCACAGUGGCUAGUCUGGCGAGAAAGACAGUCAAAGUUACAAGGACAGUGACAAAUGUUGGGGGUCCGAGCAAAUACUUUGUGGAUGUUAAGGUUCCUAAGGGACUUAAUGUCUUUGUUGAGCCAAGUCACUUGAUAUUCAGCAAAGUUGGAGAGAAGAAGAGCUUCCAGGUUCUGAUACAAGGAACUGGUCUGCACAGACCUGCAACUUAUUCUUUUGCAGAGAUGUGGUGGACAAAUGGGAAGAACACGGUGAGGAGUCCUAUAGUGGUGCACCACAAGUAGGAAUCGUCAUGGGGAUUUUCAUUUUAUCUAAGUUAAGCUUCAUCUUUUAAGGUUGUUUGUUCGUCUGUGUUUUUGGAUUUUAGAAAUUUGUUAGUGUGGAUUAUGGAUGUUGUGUUGGAGUUUCAUAGUAGCCUCCAUCUGGCUUU